AAAACCGACGCGGCGAAGAGGUCCCUUCCGAUUAGAAGUCGCUAGCAUUCAACGAUGGCAUCCAUCACGAAUUAUGUUCGAUACAUGGCUCACAAGCUCGAGUACUCUCUCACUCUCAGCCUCAAGAAACAUACUAGAGAGAAGCUCACUGACCGGGAACUCCUUGGUAUAGUCAUGAAGAAUCUAUUCUAUGGAAGGAUAACCUACUUACACUCGGAUAAAGGACAAGCGAUGGCCCCAACCAUGGGAACAAAGGAAAACACGCUACUUGUCCGUAAGCUACCAGUUGUUGAUACAAGGUACGUUUUCGUUGGGGAUGCUGUUGUCUUGAAGGACCCGAAUGAAACAAAAAAGUAUAUAGUCAGAAGAGUUGCAGCUUUAGAGGGAUCUGAAAUGGUAUCAAGUGAUGAGAAAGACGAGCCUUUUGUUCUCGAAAAGGAUCAGUGCUGGGUCGUAGCUGAGAACCAAGAGAUGAAAUCUAAGGAAGCAUAUGAUAGUCGAACAUUUGGUCCUAUAUCAAUGGCGGACAUAGUAGGAAGAGCUAUAUAUUGUCUGAGGACAGCCGUGGAUCAUGGUCCAGUAAGCAACAGUGAAUUUGCCAUGGAAGAGGAUUCUCCAAUCCUGGCGGUAGAACUUGACGUGGAUGAAUUGGCUAAAGACCACAAGGCUCUGUUUAUGGCGAUGUCGGGAACUUUCCAUUUGACUUCUGACUAUGUCCCUGGUUACACACUUUCAGACAGCCGUUCCAUCUCUAACUCUACUGUUUCAAGAAGAACACUUGCCGUAUUACCUUGCUCUUCCUGUCUGGAUCACAAGAAUGGGCGUCUUAAAUCUGUCUCCAAUACUAGCUCUUUUGUAUGUCGAGCAAGUUCUGGCGGCUAUAGGAGAAAUCCUGAUUUCUCAAGACUUAAUAAGCAUGGUUUCCGGGGAAACAACAGGCAGAGUGAAGGGAGAGACGAUCUCGAUAUCGAAAACUCUGAUAUGUUGUCUUCAAGAAAUGGGCCUUUAUUCUCUCUAUCUAGCUCCCCCAAAUUCCAAGCUAUCUCAUCCCCUGGACCAAGAGAGAAAGAGAUAGUGGAGCUUUUCAGAAAGGUUCAAGCUCAGCUCCGAGCUCGUGCUGCAUCAAAGAAAGAAGAAAAAAAGAUUGAAGAAGCUUCUAAAGGGCAGGGAAAAGAAAGUGAAACUGUUGACUCCCUUCUUAAGUUGCUAAGGAAACACUCGGGAGAGCAAAGCAAGAAGCAAGUCAGCAAAUUUAGCAGCCAGGGAGAAGUACAAGAAGAUGCUGUCGACAAACAAAAUCGCAAUGGAAAUCUUGUCAAUUCAGGGAACAAAGAUAAUAAUGCAUCAUCCUUUACCAGACCAACAUCAAGCUUCAGAAGAAAGUCGCCAGUACCAAGAUCUAAAUCACCGCCAGCUUAUUCUAGCGAGGCAACUUUUGAUCAAUCAUCGAGUUACAGCGUAACCUGGACCCAAAAGAAAGAUACAGUAGAGUUGCAUGAUGAGCCUGAGCAUGAGCCUGAGUACGAGCCCGAACCUGAAAAUGAGUCAGAACCUGUGACAACUAUGCUUGAACCAGAGUCAGAGUUGAAGCCAGAUCCAUCAUCAUUUUUUCAAGAGGAGGAGGAUGAUGAAGUGACUUUAGAUGAUGAUGGUAUUUUAGAUGUGUUUUCAGAUGAUGAUGAGUCUCACGAUGAUGCUGAUGAAGAUAGUGAUGAAGCUGAGGAAGAAGACGUGAAAGACUUGAGUAAACUGAAGCUGAUGGAACUGAGAGGCCUAGCAAAGUCACGAGGACUAAAAGGGUUUUCAAAGAUGAAGAAAGCCGAGCUAGUGGAGUUACUUAGUAGUAAUUCCAGCUAAUUGGACAGUGAACUAGACCCAAACACAGCUGAAUUUUGCUCUGUAUGCACCAGUUGAAUGAGUUACUUUCUCUGUUUUUUGUUUGUUUGAAAAAUACUGGCUGUGAGGUUUUUUAUUUGAAGGUAUUAUUAUUACACUGAUGUACCUUGUUAACUGCUGUUUUCAGUAAUUGAUAAAAAUCAUCUCCAUUC